UGAGCUUCUGAAGGUAUGGUGUUGUUCAGUCGACCAGUAGACUUCAAGACGUUCACUUCUCCCGCUGAUUUGAGCUUUCCCCCGUGCUCCUCCACCUGGUAGGAAACGGGAAUAAUUCAAUUCGCUUUGAUUCAUUGUUGGAGGCUUUCUAAUUGGCACUCGUCCCCGGAUAAUGUGUUUGGUGUAGAAUCGCAACACGAUGGAUCGCCGUCUUUUCUUCCUGGCUUGCUGCUUAUUUACGAUGAAUUUCGUUUCAUCGGAUGGUCCUGUAUUCGUCAAUCCCUCAUCAGUCACCCUUCCCCCAGCUGUUAAUCAGGGAAAUUACGUCACUCAAACUGUCUAUGGCUUCCUCGACUUUACCACUACAAUCGGAAACACUGUCAUGGUUUUCUCCCCGCAAAGCGCCGCUGUUUCAGAAUCGCCAAAAGUAGAAUCUUCAAAUACCGUAAUCGAUACGAGUCCAAUUGCGAAAAAAGAAACAGUUAUAAUAAAACCAAGCAAGACCGAAGUUAAAAUAAUUUCCAGUAAAGUCGAAGUUAAAACUUUAAGUCAAGACAAACCAAGCACAAAAGUUUCUCCAAGUAUUGUUACAAAAGUGGAGGUCGUGAGUGGUCCUCCGGUAAUAUCUAGUAAAGUCGAGAUUGUUACAAGUUCGGAAAAAGCGAUCAGUAGUGUUGUUUCGGUUAAAACUGAAGAAGAACCGGCGGUUAUCCUCGGCAACAAUAUUGCUGAACCCGAAUAUGACUUCCUGUCCCGCCAACCGUCUGAAGUUGUUGAAGAAACCUACAAAGUUAUUAACCUGAAACCCAGUUCAAAGUUCCAUCUCAAGCCUCGGACUUCUGAACCCAAAAACAAACGUCCGGAUUCAUUACACCCAACGGGAUUAGUCACGAAAUUAGGAGGAACUGUCGUAAAGGAUGGCACGACGACUAUCCACGAGACUAGCGUGAUUGGGACUUACAUUUCGGGGAAAUACGCACAAGUCCUCCAGAGCACUUCACAUAUCCACAAUCCGCAAAAAGCCAAGAUCAGUCCGUCGCCGACGUUGCGAAUUCUUAAAACAGCCGCCCCUUCGUUGGGGAAAAGCAAGCAUCAUCGCCAUUUGGAACCAACUCCCGCGGGUUCCAUCGAGGAGACGAUUGUAGCGGCGGAAUCUUCGAAUUCCAUCAAAUCGACGAGGAAACCGGCGGGACCCACAUUUAAGCCGCGGUUCAAAAAUAGACAAAAGGAGGAGGAGGAGGAGAGCGAGGAGGUGCAGCAUACCAAGAAGAAAUCGCAACGUACACGAAACCAAGGGAGAAUUUCUAAACACAACACCUCACACAGACCUCACAAAUACGGUCGGAGUAGCAGAAAAACUACAACAUCACGACCUUCUGUACACAGUGAAGAAGCAACAACUUCGUCGAAUAAACGCUACCAGAACCGUCGUAAACAGCAACGUACCAGCACGGAAUCCUCAGGCUCCGGUGGCUACAGUCGUCGUGGCUACAAGCCCAAAGUCCAGACCUCUACCGUGGAGCAAACCUCCGCAUCUACAAGCCUCUACAAGUUCAAAUUGAAUCGGUCUCCUGGCAGAUGGCAAUACAAGACGACACCCAAGCCUCGCGUUACCAUCAGGAAGCAAAACGACGACAAUGACGCCAGUAACGAGACGCUCGGAACGACGCCGACGACGCUGCAAGACGUGUCUCCGGCACUCAACGACGUCGUUACGCCCCAAGCGAGGUCCGACGACGUCGACGGACUCGAAGAAUCCGAAUCAAUUGCUUCAAUUAUUGACGAUCAAAGCUCCACCGAAAAUAAACUUGACACGCCGUUUCCACUCGAAACGCUCAAGGUGGAAAUUUCCACGCCGCCGGAUUUUAAAGAUAUCUAUUACGAGAUUGCCACAAUCAAGUCACCUUUCACCUUCCAGGCCGGCAACGUGAAAAACACCCGUUACAUAACCGUCACGUCCACAUUUGAAAAAAGUCUCGUGAACACUCCCGAAGCCACAAUCUCGCCGUCAGGCAGCGAGCCAUUAACGGAAAAUAUUUUAGCCACUUCAAGCAAUUACAAAGACAAUAAUUUCUUCGAUUCGAGUGUUGCCACGUUACCACCAAUUUAUCUGGCAUCCGACAUGCAAACUCCGCCCUUGGAAACACUCACAGAGACAUUCAGCACGACUCAAACCAUGCUCAAGACUCAUAUCCUGCCCGUCAUUCACAGCGGUAACGAAACAGCCACUUCAACACUCGUUCAAACGUAUUUAAUAACAAGAUUAGUGACGGCGACGAAGACUUUACCACCUAUGGAAGCUUAUCAUUUCAUUCCGAGUAAAACUUUGAAAGAGUUUAAUAGUCAUUUGGAUGAAGCGGGGUCUGAGUUGCAUCUGGAGUUGGAGUUUGGGGAUCAAAACGAUCAAGAAGAUGAAGGACAAUUGAAAAGAAGUUUCCCUCAAGAUUUGGAUUUAGCCAAAAUUGGUUCCGAUUUUGAUAUCUCUGAUGUUGACAAAUCCAAACUUCCGGAAAUUCAGAAAGUGAAAACAGGAAAAUCAAAACCGGUUUUGAGCGAACCUCAACAAACCCCAGCUUUAAACCCUGAUCAACUCCAACAAUUGGCUCUCUUGAGACUCUUAAACCCGGCCGCGGCUCAAGGCCAAGUCAUCACCACCUCAAAACCGGUCUUCAAAAUUGAAACAGUUUACGAAUCUCACAUUAUUCCUAUCGUAAACGGGGGAAACACAGUCUUGAGCACUAUAUCCAAGGUUCUAGGAACUAUAACAAAAACAGACUUUGAGUUUGGGACUAGUACACUGGCACCCCCUGCGCUCCCAAUCCCACCGAUUCCUCCGGUGAAUCCUCUGUUUCCCGCGGCUCAAUUCGCCGUCACUUCGUCGCCUGUAGUCCAAAGCACUUUGGUUACGCAAACUGAUAGCAAGGUGCUCAAGCUGACUUUCGGGGCUAAGACGGCUUAUACGACGAUUUUCUCUACGAAAGUCGUACCGAGUUUGGUAACGACGUAUAUGACGGCGUCGGUGCCCGUACAACCCACGGCUUUCCCGGGAUUCUUCCCGGCACCGUAUCCCGGAUAUCCCUUUGUGGGGUGAGUGACGUGCGGUCGCGAUGGACGAUCCUUGUACAGUUUUGUGUAAAUAAAUGUGAGGGAAAAUCGGUGAGGACUGAUUUAUUUAUAAUCUUCAUCAUCAUUUACUACUACUUGUAAAUAUUUUAGUUAGUAAUGUACUUUUUAUAUUGUAAAAAUGGAUAAUAAAACUUUAUAAAAUAAA